AUUGCAGCACCGAAUAAAAGCCUCCAUUUUUGAAACCCACCAGACAUCGGCAUCAAUCUCCUCCUUUCCACAACACCUUUCGCUCCCCUUCCAGCGCGAACUGGUACUGCUCAAUGAGCGCCAGAUCACGGACCUAAUGAGUCCAACUCAUAAAUCGUAUCGCCAGCUAAGCUAUUAGCGAAGUUUGGUCGCGUAAAAGCUGUCACCGUCGGUUUUGCGGGUGAAACUCCCGAACCGCACUCAUGGAACAGCCGCAAACCGAUGCGGUGGGCGGAUUAAGCCAGACCAAUGCCGCGGUUGAGAAGCCGCGCGACGAUGGCUUCAAGCUGAAGUUCUGUACCGUCUGCGCAAGCAACCAGAACAGAUCGAUGGAAGCUCAUCUGCAACUCUCCAAGGCAAACUAUCCAGUCAUAUCAUUCGGCACCGGCUCCUUGGUCCGCCUGCCCGGCCCGACGAUCACGCAGCCCAACGUCUACAAGUUUAACUCGACUUCGUACGACGCCAUGUACAAGGAGCUCGAAGGCAAGGACCGCAGACUGUACACGGCCAACGGGAUUCUCAACAUGCUGGAGCGGAACCGUAACGUCAAGCGCGGGCCCGAGCGCUGGCAGGACUGGCAGAUCGGGAUCCCGCGGCUGGAACAUGCCAGCGACAGGGGCAGUGAGGGGACCGAGGCUGGGGUUGUGGAUAUUGUCUUUACUUGUGAGGAGAGAUGCUGGGAUGCGGUGGUAGAGGACCUGCACGCGCGGGGAUCGCCGCUGAACCGGCCAGUUCACGUCAUCAACGUCGACAUCAAGGAUAACCACGAGGAGGCGGCCGUUGGAGGCCAGGGGAUAUUGGACCUUGCGAACUCCCUGAACAGGGCUGCGGCCGAGGAGAGGGACAAGAUUGGCGCGGCUGGAUUCGACAGCGGUAGUGCGGCUGCCAGGUCUGGUUUCGACGACAGGGUCGCUGAUGUGUUGGCAGAGUGGCAGGAGAGGUGGCCGAAUUUGCCUGCCACCUGGACAUUGGCGUGGUUUUAAAGCUUGUGCCACAGGACCUGAAAAGCUGCUCGAUCCAGACAUGAUUUGAUUUUUCACUAGCAAUAUGACUUUUGAAUGAUACCCAAUUUCCACUCAUAUA